CCAGCGGCCACCAGGCAGGAGCCACAGCCAGCCCCGCUUGUCUCCUUCCUCCUCCCCGCGCCACUCCCCCUCCCCCCAGAGACACGGGAGGCCCGACACCGCAGUCACUGCCCCGCCCCCGCCCGCCCCCGCGCCGCGGUGAAAGGAAAAUAUCUCGCCCGGCCCCGCGGUAACAAAUCCUCCUCCGGCGGCGGCGGUAGAUCUCCCUCCUUCCUCCGCCUCCUCCCCUUCUCCCUUUUCGCGAAACCCCCGAUUUAUUCCCCACGAGCCCGCAGCGACACCAAAUCCGCCUCUUCCUCCCCCCGUCCCCCGCUCCUUAUCCCGCCGCCGCAAUCCUCCGGCCGACUGACCCCCGCCGCCGCCCCGCGAGCCCCGCGGAGCGCUGUCAAGGUUGCUUUUUUCCUCUUCUUUCGUCCGGGGAACAGGUCUGCGGCCGGCCAUGGCGGCGGAGGAGGCGAGCAGCAGCGGCGGCGCGGGCGGCGAGGAGGGGUCCGGCGGGUGGACGCGGGAGCAGGAGAAGGCGUUCGAGAACGCGCUGGCCACGGUGGAUGAGGAGGAGGGGGAGGCCAUGUGGGACAAGAUAGCCGACGCCGUCGAGGGCAAGACGCCCGAGGAGGUCCGGCGGCACUACGAGCUGCUCGUGGAGGACGUGGACGGCAUCGAGGCCGGCCGCGUGCCGCUGCUCGUCUACGCCGGCGACGGCGAGGAGGGGGGCUCCGGCGGCGGGGCUGGGGGCAGCGGCGGGGGCGGGGGCGGGGGCGGGAAGAAGAGCGGCGGAGGAGGGGGCGGCCACGGGGAGAAGGGCUCGUCCAAGUCCGCCGAGCAGGAGCGCCGCAAGGGGAUCGCCUGGACCGAGGACGAGCACAGGUUGUUCCUUCUUGGACUUGAAAAGUAUGGCAAAGGUGACUGGAGGAGCAUCUCAAGGAACUUCGUCAUCUCAAGGACGCCCACUCAGGUCGCCAGUCAUGCGCAGAAGUACUUCAUCCGCCUCAACUCGAUGAACAGGGAGAGGCGGCGAUCAAGCAUACACGACAUCACCAGCGUGAACGGAGAGGCAUCAGCCGCUCAGGGCCCAAUCACAGGCACAAAUGGGCAGGCCGCAGUCCCCGGCAAGUCCCCCAAGCAAUCUCCGCACCAGCCAGGGAACCUGCCCCCAGGCGUGGACGCCUUCGGCACCACGAUCGGGCAGCCGGUUGGUGGCCCCCUCGUGUCCGCCGUCGGCACCCCGGUCACGCUCCCUGUCGCCGCUCCGCCUCACAUGGGGUACGCCAUGCACGCCCCGGUCCCAGGGACCGUGGUGCCCCGCGCUCCGAUGUACCCGAUGCCGCCCCCGCCGUCCCGGUGAUGGCCCCGCGCUGCAAAAUAGACGUUGUUAAGCGAUGCUGCUGGGCUUCCUGACAGACCAACUCAGAACCUUCUCCAUGUUGCCCGUCCUUGCAGUGAAAUCCUCUGUUAUUGUCUGAAUAAAGGAAUAAUGAUAAACUGUUGUACAUUACAGAUGGUGUUGUGGGCGUUGCGGAUUAUAUGUAAUCGUGUCGCGUUUCGUCGUCGUGGUCGUUUGUUCGACGUUCGCCUUCGGGUUGGAUGAAUUGGUACUGGGUGUGUUUCUGUAAGUGAUCUGUGUGAUGCAGGCACAGGGGAAGAGAUACUUAGCAGUGUUACUUUUUUUUAUGAGAGUUCUUAGCAGUGUCACUUAGCAAUGUAUGAAUUGGUUAUUAUAGA